CACAAUGACAGACUUGUUCGCUUCGGGGGACAAUUCUUCCAACUCCUUCGACGACUCUAACGAUGAAAUCGCGCGCAAAAAUGAAACCGCUUUCAAAUACACUACAAUUUUUCACACAAAUCUCUCAGAAAAACUGUACCACGAAUUAUGUGCAUUGGCUUUCGGAGAGUUCGAUAUUCCUCAAGGGCAAAUCUCGCCACUUAUGUGGACCAGACUUCAUGAGAUCUAUUCAGAAGUAGAAAUGCAGACUCGAAAACUUCCUGCAGGAUCUAAUUAUUCCGCCAGUUCACAAAAAUACGCGAAUGAAGCCGUGCAAAUCGCCAGUGUUCUUUCAAUUUAUACCGCGUUGGCUCAUGAAUAUGAUGAGACUGUGGAAGUUUCUUUGCUUAGCAAACUAGUUGUAGAAGAUGUGGAGUUUAGAAGGAUUUAUGCUCUUCUUCUUUGGAGUGAGAAAGCGAUCAGCGAACAGCAAUAUGAAAAAGGUCUUGGAGACAAAGUUCGGAAACUCGAAGGAAUCAAAUCUUCUAGAAUCAAUUCAAUGAUGGCUUUGAAACGACCAACAUUUGGAGCAGCCAAUGCUCCAAAAGAUGCUUCACUGGAUCCAGAUGCUCCUGGUACCAAAGAAGAUCAAGCUCUCGAGCAAAUGGCGAUGAACGUUUUCUUCCAAUUAAUUCGAAGUGGAGAAACUUCCAAAGCUGCGAAUUUAGCCAUUGAUCUAGGAAUGGGAGCGAUCGGAGCUCAACUUCAGCUUCACUCGAUGCUCCGGAACCCACUUGAUAUUCCACUAGAGGCAUCUAAACAGAACUUUGGGGAAUAUAAAAGAUCUCGACGCGCAAAGUACUACCAGAUGACACAGAAAUUGAUAGAACAAUCGCAGGGGAGCGAAGAUGAUGCUUACUGGAUGCUGAUUUCUGCGAUUCGUGGGAAUAUCCAACCAAUGCUAAAAGCUGGAAAGUCAGUGAUUGAAAAAGUAUGGGCAUAUGCAAAUUCUGCAGUUCUCGCAAGAAUUCUUGCCGCCGAGGGAGCCAUGACACAGGAAACUAUUUCGACGUUGUUCAACGUUCCACUAACUUCAAAAUCAAUCUUAGAUGAGCUGAGAUCAGAGGCUGAUCGUACCAAAGAAGUAUACAUCCUACUCCGAGUGAUCGAUGACAUGCUCAAUGAUGACAUUGAAGAUCUGUACAAGUUCGCAAAUGAAACAGUCGGAGAAUUUGUUCCAAAUGAUAAAAAUUGUCAAGUGAACAUGCUCGCACUCGACAUCUUCUUCCACCUCGUCGCAGUUUCUUAUGCGAGUGGUUUCGAACCAAAUGACGAUGGAAAUGCUGUAAUUAUUCUUGGAUUCGAUGAUCUUCGUGCACGCAGUGGAACCUCAUCACACAAGAAAAUGGCUGCAUUUUAUUCAAGAUUCCUCCCAGAAGAUAUGAAGCUUCCAGAGAUUGUGGAGACUAUGAAAGCUGUCGAUUCUGAUGAAGAACGUGAAAUCCUGGCUGAGUCGCUGAAACAAUCUGACAUUGAUUUCGGACGCUGUGCGUGCACACUUAUUGAGCAAAUCAGAAAAGAUGACAAAACGAAGGUUGUAACUUUGGAAGAGCAGAUUGAUCACUGGCAUUGGCUUUUGAUAGGUGGAGAAGAGACUGCACUGGCUGCUCUUGAAGAAUGUAAUCGACUAGUUCGUAAAGUGAUGCUGUCGACACCGAUUGACGAGUCUGUAAUUAGGCAAAUUAUUCGAAAAGCGCUUCAUUUCGAAGUUCCUAAGCUAUUGUCACAAGCUGUUGAAAAUGAAGCAACUGUACUUUCACUGAUCACUGAUGGAACCCUGUUUGAGCAAAAACCUGGAUCGCAGCUGGCAAUUAAUAAAAUCGAACACGCGGCUCUGGAAUUUUAUGGGCUCUGCUCUUUCGUGGAUGUGAACAACUUCAUGAUCACUAUUGCUCUGAAACUUGGGCUCAUGUUCAAGUACACACCGAUCACUGAUGAUGAGCUUUCCAUGAUCGGAGGAGUCAAACGACUCGACAACACCACAGCUGCUGACUGGGAAGCUUCACUGAGAGUCCGAGCUCGUGCUGAGCAAACUCUGCGGGAAGAGGUGCUCAAAAAGAGAGCCGCCGAGCAUAAUACGCGAGUUGGAAUGGUUCAACAACAUUUAGAUACUGUUCUUCCGAUGCUCCGUGGGCUGGUUAACAAUAUUGGUGUGCGCCCGGAGUACUUUUUGAGCCCACGUGCUAAUGGAGAUCCAAUGCGUGUACACCGGAAAGAAAUUCAGGAGAUUCGGAAUCUCUUCCUCCCGCAAUUCUUCAUCCUUCUUGCACAAGCCGCCGUGAGACUCGACGAUACCACAAAUUUCAACGAUUUCUUCACAAGCUUCAAUAAUGACCUCGGGCUCGAUCAGGAAUGGAUGGUUUUCAUCAAAGCUUUCUACGCAGAACUCAAUCUCAAAGUCGAAUAAUUUUUAUUUCAUUGUUUUUUUGUUUGAUACCUGUUUUGAUUACCAUUUUUUAUCACUAUAUUUCUGACUUCUUUCUCAUUUUUUUUAAAUUUCCGGUCGAUCUUUCACAGACACGAUUGUAUCCGUGCAGUAUUUGAAAAUAACAAAUUUUUCUGAUU